AUGCAAUAGCAUCAAAGAAACAAACAUGUCAGGCAAGGCAGACGCUUCUGUGGAUAAAGCCACAUUAACACCUGAUCCUGGAGACAUGGAGGGGUCCAGUGACAAGCUCUUCUGCUGCAGGUGGAUGCGCAGCAGGAUCCCACUGACCCACAGAGAAGAACUGUACCACAUCCUGAGGAUGACAGGGCCUCUGCUGUUCUCUCGAAUUCUCACUUACCUGCUUCCAUUUGUGGUUACAAUGUUCUGUGGGCGCCUGGGAAAUGAUGUGAUGGCUGGUUAUGGAUUAGCUUCUGCUACUAUAAAUGUUACCACUGCAGCAACAGGAUGCGGUCUGGGACUGGCAUGUGAUACUCUGGUGUCUCAGACAUUCGGAGGUAAGAACCUGCUGCGGGUAGGGGUUAUUCUCCAGCGGGGCAUUAUCAUCCUGCUGUUAUUCUGUCUGCCCUGCUGGGGCCUCCUCAUGAAUGCUCAGGCUCUCCUGUUAUGUAUGGGUCAGGAACCUGAAGUGGCCAGAAUAGCUCAGUUGUACAUGACGGCCUUCCUUCCAGCUGUUCCUGCAAUGUUUCUGCAUGGGCUUCAGGUGUCUUAUCUACAGAACCAGGGUAUAAUACUGCCUCAACUGUACACUGCUGCCAUAGCAAACAUAGCAAACGUGGUGACGAACUACAUCUUACUAAACUGGCUGGAUCUGGGUGUUCAUGGAUCUGCUGCAGCCAAUACUCUGUCUCAGUUUUAUAUCUGUGCUCUGCUGUUUGGCUACAUUUGGUGGAAGAAGCUCCACCUGACGACAUGGGGAGGCUGGUCUGUGGAAUCACUGCAGGAGUGGGGCUCCUACAUGAAACUGGCUAUUCCCAGUACUUUAAUGACAUGCUUUGAAUGGUGGGUUUAUGAGUUUGGGGGAUUUUUUGCAGGGAUGCUGAGUGAAAAUGAGCUGGCUGCCCAGCAUGCUGUAAUAAUGGUGGCUUUCAUAACCUACAUGUUCCCUCUUGGUGUUCAAGCUGCAGCGUGUGCUCGUGUGGGAAACGCCCUCGGUGCAGGAGACACCGCCAGGGCCAUCCUCACUACCAAGCUGUCCUUCGCUCUUGCAAGUUGCUUUGCUGUCGUUGAAGGUAUUGUGCUCUGCUCUACCAAAUCAGUGAUCGGCCUCAUGUUUACCUCUGAUGAGAAGAUCAUAGGACUGAUCUCACACCUGAUGAAUGCUUACAUUUUCCUUCAGUUAUUUGAUGGACUUGUGUGUGUGUGCACGGGCAUCUUCUUGGGCACAGGCAAACAGAAAAUACCAGCUGUGGCCAAUUUCAUUGGAUACUACUGCAUUGGGCUCUCUCUGAGUGUUACCUUAAUGUUUGUUGCAAAACUGAGAGUUUUAGGUUUUUGGCUCGGACUGCUGAUCUGCGUUGUCAUACAGUCUACCUUCUACAUCAUUGUCAUCUUCAAGCUGAACUGGAAGAGGAUGACGGAGGAGGCGGUGAAACGAGCUCAGAAGAAGACACAGAUGACAUUAUUAAGCUCGGCUCCCCUGUCAGAUAACAACACUUUCGACCAGACAGCAAGUAAUGGGAACUCAGCUGAUGGCUACUCGUCUGUGAGCAGACAUGAUUAUGAUGGGAACACGGAGACACAGGAUGGACAUGAGGCCCAGCAGCUGAAAAGCCGUCUCUCCACCACGCAGCUGGUCAUCAGGCGAGGCCUCACUGUGAUUGCAGCGGUCGGACUUCUAGUUGUCGGAGCGUGCGUGCACUUCCUCGUGCCCUUACCAGAGACUCCUCCCUUUGAGGGCAACUUCACUGUGGGCCUGAUCAAUACCACAUUUACCCCUGAUCAAGUGUUAACCACUGUGCUGGUUUCAAUAUAAGAGUCAGGAUAACCCUGAGAGCUAUGAUGUGCAGUUUGUUGUCAAUGUCCUGGAAACAUUGAACUUGAGACUGUUGUAGAGUUUGACAGAAAGAGACAGAUUUAAUGGAUGAUAAAAAAGUUGUGUAAAGCUAAUGUUUUACAUCAAGACAAUGUAUUUUAUUAAUGUAUGCUUUCCCGUCAUGCAUCUCUGCCUGAUCGAUUUUUUACUCAUGAGGGAUGGUUUACUGCCUCUUCAGAGCCUUCCUUAGGGUAACUUGCAGAAGGUUGAUAAA